AUGUCUGUGAAAAGCGUGGAGCAAAAAGACUCUUCAGAACUCUUGUGUGAGGCUGUUACGCAGGCAGAGACACCCAACAUGUUGGGUUUCGUUUUGACGGUCUUCAACACAUACUCCAAUGAAGACUACGACAGGAGAAAUGAUGAAGUCGACCCAGUGGCUGCAUCAGCUGAAUAUGAACUGGAGAAGCGUGUGGAAAAGCUGGAGCUCUUCCCGGUGGAACUAGAAAAAGAUGAAGAUGGACUUGGCAUAAGCAUUAUUGGAAUGGGAGUUGGAGCAGAUGCAGGACUUGAAAAACUGGGAAUAUUUGUCAAAACGGUAACAGAAGGUGGGGCGGCGGAAAGAGAUGGCAGGAUCCAAGUGAACGACCAAAUUGUGGAAGUUGAUGGCAUCAGUCUGGUUGGUGUUACGCAAAAUUUUGCUGCAACUGUUCUUAGGAACACCAAAGGGAAAGUCAGGUUUGUAAUUGGACGAGAGAAACCGGGACAAGUGAGCGAGGUUGCGCAGCUGAUCAGCCAAACCCUGGAACAAGAACGACGCCAGAGAGAGCUGCUGGAGCAGCAUUAUGCGCAGUACGAUGCAGAUGAUGAUGAGACAGGGGAAUAUGCUACAGAUGAAGAAGAUGAAGACAUGGGACCUGUCCUUCCGGGAGGUGACAUGGCUAUUGAAGUGUUUGAUCUCCCGGAAAACGAUGACAUGUUCUCCCCCAGUGAUGUGGACACCAGCAAGCUUGCUCACAAAUUCAAAGAGUUGCAAAUCAAACAUGCAGUUACAGAAGCUGAAAUUCAGAAGCUGAAGACAAAGCUGCAGGCUGCUGAGAAUGAGAAGGUGAGGUGGGAACUGGAGAAGACCCAGCUCCAGCAGAACAUCGAGGAGAACAAGGAGAGGAUGAUGAAAUUGGAGAGUUACUGGAUCGAGGCCCAAACCCUGUGUCACACGGUGAAUGAGCACCUCAAGGAGACGCAGAGCCAGUAUCAGGCUCUGGAGAAGAAAUACAACAAGGCCAAGAAGUUAAUCAAGGAUUUUCAGCAAAAAGAACUUGACUUCAUCAAACGCCAGGAAGCUGAACGAAAGAAAAUUGAAGAUUUGGAGAAAGCGCACCUUGCUGAGGUUCAAGGCUUACAAGCCCGUAUAAGAGACUUGGAAGGAGAAGUUUUCAGGUUAAUGAAGCAAAAUGGGAGCCAGGUUAACAAUAACAACAAUAUUUUUGAGAGGCAGACAUCUUUUGGAGAAGUUUCUAGAGGAGAUCCAGUGGAAAAUCUAGAUACUAAGCAAGUGUCCUGCCUGGACGGCUUAAGUCAAGAUUUCAAUGAAGCCGUGCCAGAAACGGAGCGACUGGACUCCAAAGCUCUGAAGACUCGAGCUCAGCUUUCAGUGAAGAACAAGCGGCAGAGACCUUCCAGAACACGGCUGUACGACAGCAUCAGCUCAACUGAUGGAGAAGACAGCCUUGAACGAAAGCCGCCAAACAGUCACAGUAGUCCCAUGCACAUUUCAAAAUCACCACUGCCCUUAUGCGUGAGAGCGUCCUCACCAGCAUCAGAUUCUGGUGCUUCCUCCCUGUCCCCCGUGGCUAGCAGUGCAACCAUCUCCCUUGACAACCUCACAGAAAACCAAGAAGAAGGACAGCACCACAGAGGAGGUGUCCUUCCCCUAUGUGCGCAGGGAGACACUCCGCUUUCCUCUCCUUCAAAAUCCGGGCACAGCUCUGAAGCGUCUCCUUUGCACCACCCAGCUGGCAGGAAUGUUUUAAAGGAUAAAGAUGGUGCCACAUGUGCUCAGGCAGCAAGGACAACUAGCCCUAGUGUAGGGCAUACAGAAAAACUAAAGCGAAAACUUGCAGAUCUCGGGGCUCCCUUGAGAAGGAGUUCGAACAAGGGCAAGAAGCGGAAAGAGAAAGAAGCUCUUAGGGUGACCUGCGGCAGCAGGACCGCCAGAGAGAUGCUGCAGAAAUCAGCAAACACUAAAUCUUUAGCAGAGCGAUCCUCCUCUCUCCCACACUGUGUACCCUUCACAUGGUAUGGGGAGAGUGGCAAGGGAUCCAACUCUUCUAGCAACCUGCCAUCGCCUGCCAGCUCAACCGAACCUUCCUCUGAAAAUAUAAGUCCAGCUAAAAAAGGGUCGAAGAAUUUCACGUUCAACGACGAUUUCAGUCCCAGCAGCACAAGUUCAGCUGAUCUGAGCGGUUUAGGAGCAGAACCCAAAGCCCCAGGUUUCUCGCACUCCUUAGCGCUGUCGUCAGACGAGAUCCUUGACGAUGGCCAGUCUCCUAAGCACAGCCAGUGUCAGAGCCGUGCUGUUCAGGAGUGGAGCGUGCAGCAGGUGUCCCACUGGUUGAUGAGCCUGAACCUAGAACAGUACGUUUCCGAAUUCAGCACCCAGAAUAUUAACGGGGAACAUCUCCUCCAGCUGGAUGGGAGUAAGCUCAAGGCUCUUGGUAUGACGUCUUCCCAGGACAGAGCAAUCGUUAAAAAAAAGCUAAAGGAAAUGAAGGCAUCGUUGGAGAAAGCUCGCAAAGCUCAAGAGAAAAUGGAAAAGCAAAGGGAAAAGCUUCGGAAGAAGGAACAAGAGCAACUGCAGAGGAAAUCGAAGAAAACAGACAAGUCUUCAUCAGAUGCAACAGAGGGCACUAACGAGCAGUGA